AUGGAUCUCUUGACCUAUGAUGAUGUGCAUGUUGACUUCACUUGCGAAGAGUGGACUUUACUGGAUCCUUCCCAAAAGAUUCUUUACAAAGAUGUGAUGCUGGAGACCUACAGGAACCUCACUGCUAUAGGAUACAGUUGGGAAGACCAUAAUGUUGAAGAACACCAUCAAAGUUCUAGAAGGCAUAAAAGGCAUAAAAGAAGUCAUACUAGAGAGAAACCUUCUCAAUAUACUCAAUGUGUUAAAGUCUUUGCAUUCGACAGUCAUCUUCAAAAACAUAAAAGAACCCAUACUGGAGAGAAACCCUAUAACUGUAAUCAAUGUGGUAAAACCUAUGGAAAACAGGGUCAUCUUCAAAUACAUAAAAGAACACAUACUGGAGAGAAACCCUAUGAAUGUAAUCAUUGUGGUAAAGCCUUCUCUACACCAGGUAUUCUCAAGUCACAUAGAAGAACACACACUGGAGAGAAACCCUAUAAAUGUAAUCAAUGUGGUAAAACCUAUGGACAACAGGGUCAUCUUCAAAUACAUAAAAGAACACAUACUGGAGAGAAACCCUAUGAAUGUAAUCAUUGUGGUAAAGCCUUCUCUACACCAGGUAUUCUCAAGAAACAUAGAAGAACACACACUGGAGAGAAACCCUAUAAAUGUAAUCAAUGUGGUAAAACCUAUGGACAACAGGGUCAUCUUCAAAUACAUAAAAGAUCACAUACUGGAGAGAAACCCUAUGAAUGUAAUCAUUGUGGUAAAGCCUUCUCUACACCAGGUAUUCUCAAGAAACAUAGAAGAACACACACUGGAGAGAAACCCUAUAAAUGUAAUAUGUGUGGUAAAGCCUUUGGACUAAAUGGUUCUCUCCAAAUACAUAAAAGAUCACAUACUGGAGAGAAACCCUAUAAAUGUAAUAUGUGUGGUAAAGCUUUUACACAACAGGGUUCUCUUCAAAUACAUAAAAGAACACAUACUGGAGAGAAACCCUAUGAAUGUAAUCUGUGUGGUAAAGCAUUUGGAUAUCAGAGUUCUCUUCAAAUGCAUGAAAGAACACAUACUGGAGAGAAACCCUAUGAAUGUAAUCUGUGUGGUAAAGCCUUUGGACAAAAAGAUUAUCUUAAAAUGCAUAAAAGAAUGCAUACUGGAGAGAAACCCUAUGAAUGUAAUCUGUGUGGUAAAGCUUUUACACAUCAGGGUUCUCUUCAAAUGCAUAAAAGAACACAUACUGGAGAGAAACCCUAUGAAUGUAAUCAGUGUGGUAAAGCCUUUACACGACAGGGUUCUCUUCAAAUGCAUAAAAGAACACAUACUGGAGAGAAACCCUAUGAAUGUAAUCAGUGUGGUAAAGCCUUUACACGACAGGGUUGUCUUCAAGUGCAUAAAAGAACCCAUACUGGAGAGAAACCCUAUAAUUGUAAUCAAUGUGGUAAAGCAUUUGGAUAUCAGCAGUCUCUUCAAAAGCAUGAAAGAACACAUACUGGAGAGAAACCCUAUGAAUGUAAUCUAUGUGGCAAAGCCUUCUCUAGACAGAGUAGGCUCCAAGCACACAGAAGAACCCAUAUUGGAGAGAAACCCUAUGAAUGUAAUCAGUGUGGAAAAGCCUUUGUAUGUUCCAGUAGUCUUCAAAGACAUAAAACAACACAUACGGGACAGAAACCCUACGAAUGUAAUGAAUGUUGUAAAGCCUUUGGACAAAAACGUCAUCUUCAAAGACAUAAAAAAACACAUACUGGAGAGAAACCCUAUGAAUGUAAUCAAUGUGGUAAAGCCUUUGGACAAAAAGAGUAUCUUCAAAUGCAUAAAAGAACACAUACUGGAGAGAAACCCUAUAACUGUAAUCACUGUGGUAAAGCAUUAGCUACAAAGAAAAAUCUCCAAUUACAUAUAAGAACCCAUACUGGAGAGAGACCCUAUGAAUGUAAUGUGUGUGGUAAAGCCUUUACCCAACAGGGUUAUCUUCAAAUGCAUAAAAGAACACAUACUGGAGAGAAACCUUAUGAAUGUAAUCUUUGUGGUAAAGCCUUUGCAUUUCCCAAUAACUUCCAAAUGCAUAUAAAAACACACACAGGAGAAAAACCUUAUCAAUGUAAUCAAUGUGGUAAAGCCUUUGUACAACAGGGUGGUCUUCAAAUUCAUAAAAGAACACAUACUGGAGAGAAACCCUAUGAAUGUAAUCUAUGUGGUAGAGCAUUCUCUACACAGAAAAUUCUCAAAUUACAUACAAGAACCCAUACUGGAGAGAAACCAUAUGAAUGUAAUCAAUGUGGUAAAACCUUCUCUACACAGAGUAGUCUCCAAGCACAUGGAAGAACCCAUACUGGAGAGAAACCCUAUGAAUGUAAUCAGUGUGGUAAAGCCUUUGCAUUACGUAGUAGUCUCCAAGGACAUAGAAAAACACAUACUGGAGAGAAACCGUAUGAAUGUAAUCAGUGUGGCAAAGCCUUUGCAUUUCACAAUAAACUCCGAAUACAUGAAAGAACACACACUGGAGAGAAACCUUAUGAAUGUAAUCAAUGUAGUAAAACCUUCUCUACACAGAGAAGUCUGCAAGCACAUAGAAGAUCACAUACUGGAGAGAAACCCUAUGAAUGUAAUCAGUGUGGUAAAGACUUUGUCUAUGCUAGUAGUCUUCGAAAACAUUUGAAAAAACCAUACUGCAAAGAAAUCCGAUAAAUAUAGUCAGUGUUGUAAAGUUUGCAUUUUAUACAGAAAUAAACUUUUUGUGUGCAAUUAAUCCAUUAAAGCCUUUGCAUAGUACAAUAGUAUUUGGGGACCUGAAAAAAAAUACUGGGGAAUUCUUAAUAUAAAGUAUUUAUUAGAUGUUUAGUCAACACACUUACAUUCAAUUAUACAACAGUAUUCUGUAGAAAAAAAUUGACAGUGUCAACAAUCUGUUCAAGAUUUAUGAUGUCAACUUUAAUAUUGUCUGCACCUGCAAACUCAUGGAAAAAAUAAAUUUGUGAAUUUAUGAA